CAAACCUGCUACUGAACUUUCAGCUGGAUUCCUAGGCACCUUAAAAUUGAACAAGCACUAGGAAUAGGGGUCACAGAUUUUGGCGGCAUCAGCGUGCAUCACGCACACAAUAAAUAAUCUCUCGCCUUUCAACAUGGACAAAUGCUGCAUCUUGCAAUCUUACAUCUUCGUCCUAAGCACACCCUUCUUCAAAAAACCUUGAAAGCGAGGGCGCAGUGCCCGACAUGGGACAUGACCGUUCUAAAGCAUUUGCCACGAGUACCAAACCCACGCCAUCCAGUCCCGAGGAAGAACAAUCAUCAAAAGGGGUCUCGGCUCAACUAAAAGAGCAAGUGGAAGGGCCCUCGAUAUCGAAUAUGGUGACAUCCUGUGAAGAGGCAGAACACGGUAGCGAAGAAUUCGGCAACGCGUCGGAUGUUGUGGCGCUCGGAAGUCAACCUGCUUCUCAGGCUGUUCCUGCUACAGAGGGUCGUAUCGCUUCGAGCUCCGAAGGACCGGGCUCGCAGGACUACACAACUGCAUUGGCCAACACAUUGGCAGACAUAAGCAGCAAUUUUGACGACAUACCCGCAUCGGAAUUUUCGAGCUCGCCCAAACUCGACUGUCUUAUCAACAACCCUCCUAACGUCUCCAGAAUUCGACGAGUAAUGUUUGAAUGCAAGGACCCAAUAGAGAUAAGUCUUGAGGAAUUUGAGACGUACUGGCCGUUCAUUGAUAACGUGUGGGUUAAACAAAGGUCAAAUUCUAGCAAAGAGGGCCACUGUACUACGGACUAUUACAUGUGUCGUUUACGACGUCCUACUCAUCGUACUUCAGAAACUAGGCCCUUGCCCGAAGGCAAACGACCCCGAACUAAAAGAGUCCGAGAGGGUGGCAUUUGCAACUUUCAAAUCAAAGUGGUCAGGUUCGAAGGCGCUUAUUCCACUGUGACUAUCGCAAGGACUCCGGGAAGCAGCCAUGUGCAUUCGCACGACCUCGACUUCAUCGACAAAGUGAAGCGGAAUUCAGGACUCAUGGAGUUUGCACGCAAAGAAGCAGUCAAGGGAUACUUACCAUCUUCCAUCUUUACCAAAUUCCGAGAAGAGCCCGCAAAACUUGAGGAGGCGGGUGGCAAGUUUCUCACGGUGACAGAUGUACGCAAUGUUUCAGCCAAAUGGAGAAUCCAGAAUCCUGAGGUCAGACUCGUACCGCAUGAUGGUUAUGAAUACCAGAAAGGUCAUGGAAUUGUGAAGAAACAAGGAAGUGGAAGCAACAGUGGCAGUCCGGUAUUGGCAAGCACAACCCUGAAGUCUUCGCUACCACCAGAUACUCUUUCAUUUCCCCAGUUUUCCCUAGAAUUUGUUGAACCUUAUCUCCCGAAGCACGAUGAGCGACGCCAGUUCCCUCACGUCACUUUAUCUUACGCGUCGUCCAUGGAUUCAAAAAUUUCACUUCUCCCAGGCAUGCAGACGGUGCUCUCGGGACCCGAGGCUAAGCUUAUGACGCACUAUCUACGGUCUCGCCAUGAUGCUAUCUUGAUUGGAGUUGGGACGGUCCUUGCUGAUAAUCCGGGCUUGAACUGUAGAUUGGAAGGAGCGGGCGGAUACGGCGGUUUGGGAAGAAUGUGGCAACCGCGGCCCGUGGUGAUUGAUCCCACCGGCCGAUGGCCCGUUCAUCCUGAGUGCCGGAUGUUGAGAACUGCAGUGGAGGGUAAAGGCAAAGCGCCGUGGGUUGUGGUAUCUCCAGGAGCCCGCAUCCACCCCCAGAAACUAAUGAUGCUCAAAGGCUAUGGAGGUGACUUUCUUCGAAUCAUGGAAUACAAUCAAGAUUGGCGAUUGCGCUGGGAAGCUAUUCUUCGCGCUUUGGCAUCUGAGGGAAUAAAGAGCGUCAUGAUCGAGGGUGGCGGAACCGUCCUGAGUGAGCUAUUGAACCCCGAGUAUGCAGAUUUCAUUGAUUCCAUAGUCGUGACUGUCGCUCCCACUUAUCUUGGAUCAGGUGGAGUAAGCGUGAGUCCAGAUUCUAAGCGUGAUAGAGACGGGAAGCCGAACGCAGCCUUGAAUCCCAAGGAUGUGAGGUGGACGCCAUUGGGUCAAAAUGUUAUCAUGUGUGGCAGAAUCCGCACGGAGGCACCCUUUGCCUCCAGCCUUCCAGGAUGAUAUGGCUCAGCUUUGUCCCCUUCCUCAUCUCGUUCUGAUCCAAUUCUCCGUGCCUCAUGUGUCAGUCUUUCCCUGCCAGUAUAGUACUGGGGUCUUGACACGUGGCGCAAAAGUCACGAGUUUCUGAGACUCUUGGGCCAAGCCUAGAGCCAGCUAUGAUAGCGUUGUAGUGCGAUAGCCGUUGACUAUAUUGUCUUGCAUGCAAUCAGACGCACUUGCAAGUGUAUUGGUGGCACACUGUAUAUUAGUAGCAGAUUGUGUAUAUACAUGA